AUGAUUGAUGGUCAACUGCCCUCCGUGCCUCUUUUAAGGUACGAUGAAGUCCCUGACUUCUUGCACCCUUCUAGUCCAUUUUGGUUUUUAGGGAGGAUCGUCCUAGGCCAGUUCAAGAGCAUUUCAAAACCAUUUUGCAUAUUGAUGGACUCGUUCCAGGAGCUCGAGCACGAGAUCAUUGACUACAUGGCAAAGCUCUGCGUUAUCAAGCCCGUCGGCCCCUUAUUUAUAAACCCAAAAGCACCAAACACAAGUGUUCGCGGCGACAUCUUGAAAGCCGAUGAUUGCAUUGAGUGGCUCAACUCGAAGCCCCUAGCAUCCGUCGCAUACAUCUCCUUUGGCAAUUCCGAUUUCAAGUUGCAUGUUCUACCCUAUGGUUUCUUGGAAAAGGUUGGGAAUAGAGGCAAGUUGAUACAAUGGAGUCCACAAGAAGAGGUUACUAAUGCAAAGUUCUUGGUGGAUGUGUUUGGAGUUGGGGUGAGAUUAUCCCGCGGCCUGGCUGAAAACAGAUUGAUCUUGAGAGAUGAGGUUGAGAAAUGCUUACUGGAGGCGACGGUGGGCCCGAAGGCAGUGGAAGUCAAGCAACAUGCAUUGAAAUGGAAGACAGCGGCCGGGGAGGCGGUGGCAGAGGGUGGCUCCUCCGACCAGAAUAUUCAAUCAUUUGUUGACGAGAUUAGGAAGAGAUGUGUCGCUGCGACUUCCGCGUGA